GUGUUCGGGUGACACCCGGGUGUUUUGCUCGGCAACAUCCGCACAGAGAUGGCAGUAGAGCCGUAGCUGACUGCGGGGCCUGUGCGGUGACCAGCAGCCCUGACGCUACCGAAACACGGACUGUAGGGGAGGAGCGCAGCGCCGAAACAAGUGCCGCCAUGGGACACGGAGUAGGCUGAACAGGAGGGCCUAGCAAAACACAUCUGUUGCUUUCCCACUGUGGUGAAUGACAUGGCCACGGCCUCAUCGAGAGCAGAGACUAGCCAUAACCACAGACGCACAUCACAGCUCCAUGCCAUUGUUUCAUGUGCCAAACUCAAGAGGAAGAAGAGCGUUUUCGGGGCGGCCAUUUACGUGGAGGUGACAGCAGAGGGAGAGACCCGCCGCACGGCAAAAUCUCACAGCUCCUCCAACCCAAAAUGGGACGAGAGGCUGACUCUGACUGUAGCGCCACACACGCAGGUGGAUUUCAAAGUAUGGAGUCACCACACCCUGAAAGCAGAUGCUCUGCUGGGCAAAGCUACGCUGGAUCUCAUUCAGGCUUUGGAGCGGCAUGACAGAAAAUUGGAGAAUGUGAAGGAGGUGCUGAAGCUGAGUGUGGAACAGAAAGGGCUUUCUGUGCCUGUUGGCGAGCUGACUGUGUACCUUGAUGGCCUGACUGUCACUGACCAGGAGGAAUUGGCGCCGCUGACCAAUGGCAACGCAGCAAAUGGCACCAAAGUCCAGCAGAAUGGUGAUGCCAUUCAUGAAAACGGAGACUCCUCUUCCUCUUCUUCAAGGGCUGCAAACAGCACCGUGAAUGGAACAGACAUGGGUCAGAGGUCAGGCUCCUGCUCAGCCUCCAGCGGUGCAGAUGGUCCGGUGCCUUCCAGCCCUGCUCUCGAUCACACCACCGGUAUGAUCAACGGAGAUCCAACCCCCAACUCCACCCCAGUGCACCAACCUCCAGACAGCAGCCCAGACACCAGAAUGGUAAACGGGGAAUCCUCUGAGACUGUUCCCAGGCAAUCUUCUGCUUCCAGAAGGGAAACGCAGCCCUCUGCAGGUGAAACUGAGGAGAGCUCUCACGAUGCUGCCCCGCCAAACGCUGAAACAUCACCAGCCAGCACUUCCCGGCCCCCUCCGGCUCCCGCACCUUCCUCCGCCUCGUCUCCUGCUGCUAAACCUGCCAACGGCGCCGCUUCCUCUUCCUCCUCCGCCGCUGCUGCUUCCACCACGUCAGCCUCUGCAACCCAGGGAGAACCCACCGUGACAACGUCCUCAUCGUUGUCCUCCUCCCCAGCGCCAGGAGAAGCGGGGGCUUCAGGAGCAGGCAGCAGUAGCAGCUCAACAACAACAACAACAACAACAACAACAACAACUGAUGGGGUGAAACCCAGACAACAGGUUUCUAAUGCUCCAGCAGGAGAUCCUCUACCACCAGGGUGGGAGCAGAGAAAAGAUCCACAUGGGAGAACUUACUAUGUAGACCACAACACCAGAACUACUACUUGGGAAAGACCACAGCCGCUUCCUCCAGGCUGGGAGCGCCGAGUGGACGAUCGGGGUCGGAUCUAUUACGUGGACCACAACACCCGGACCACCACUUGGCAGCGGCCCACCAUGGAAUCGGUGCGCAACUUUGAGCAGUGGCAGAGCCAGCGCAGCCAGCUGCAGGGAGCUAUGCAUCAGUUUAACCAGAGAUACCUCUACUCUGCAUCUAUGAUGUCUGCUGAGAAUGACCCUCUUGGCCCUCUACCUCCUGGUUGGGAGAGGCGUGUGGACUCCAAUGACAGAGUUUACUUUGUGAACCACAAUACCAAGACAACACAGUGGGAAGACCCUCGAACCCAAGGGCUACAGAAUGAGGAUCCUCUGCCUGAAGGAUGGGAAAUCCGGUACACGAGGGAAGGAGUUCGCUACUUUGUGGAUCACAACACUCGGACGACCACUUUCAGCGACCCGCGCACCGGGAAGUCUUCUGUCACCAAAGGCCCACAGAUUGCAUACGAGCGCAGCUUCAGGUGGAAGCUCGCUCACUUCCGUUACCUGUGUCAGUCUAAUGCUCUGCCGAGCCACGUGAAAAUCACCGUCUCCAGACAGACGCUGUUCGAAGACUCUUUUCAGCAAAUCAUGGCUCUGAAGCCAUACGACCUACGGAGGAGGCUGUACGUCAUCUUCAGAGGCGAGGAGGGUCUGGACUACGGUGGCUUAGCCAGGGAGUGGUUCUUCCUCUUGUCCCAUGAGGUGCUGAACCCCAUGUACUGCCUGUUUGAGUACGCAGGAAAGAGCAACUACUGUCUGCAGAUCAACCCGGCGUCGGCCAUCAACCCAGAUCACCUCUCCUACUUCUGCUUCAUUGGCCGCUUCAUCGCGAUGGCACUUUUCCACGGGAAGUUCAUUGACACAGGCUUCUCUUUGCCGUUCUACAAACGAAUGCUGAACAAGAAGCUCAUCCUGAAGGACCUGGAGUCCAUCGACCCGGAGUUCUACAACUCUCUCAUCUGGAUUAGGGACAACAACAUCGAGGAAUGUGGGCUGGAGAUGUACUUCUCCGUGGACAUGGAGAUCUUGGGGAAGAUCUCGUCUCAUGACCUGAAACCCGAUGGCGCCAACAUCCUGGUGACGGAGGAGAACAAGGAGGAGUACAUCAGUCUGAUGGCAGAGUGGAGGUUCUCCCGUGGGGUGGAAGGUCAAACCAAAGCUUUUCUGGACGGCUUCAAUGAAGUGGUCCCGCUUCAGUGGCUGCAGUAUUUCGAUGAGAAAGAGCUGGAGGUGAUGCUGUGCGGCAUGCAGGAGGUGGACCUGCAGGACUGGCAGAGAAACACCGUGUACCGCCACUACACCCGGAACAGCAAGCAGAUCAUCUGGUUCUGGCAGCUGGUGAAAGAAGUGGACAACGAAGUGCGUCUGCGGCUCAUGCAGUUUGUGACGGGAACCUGCCGGCUUCCUCUGGGCGGCUUCGCUGAGCUGAUGGGAAGCAACGGGCCGCAGAAGUUCUGCAUUGAGAAAGUGGGGAAGGAUACAUGGCUUCCCCGUAGUCACACAUGUUUUAACCGCCUGGACUUGCCUCCCUAUAAAAGCUACGAACAGCUGAAGGAGAAGCUGCUCUUCGCCAUCGAGGAAACCGAAGGAUUUGGCCAAGAAUAGAGGGACAAAGUCCUCUGGUGUUGUCCCCUCUGCUAGCCCCCCUCUCUGCUGUUCAAUCAGCCAAGAAAAACAAACCAACAACAAAAAAUUGCACAAAAUAACCACCAAUGUAUAUAAGCUAUUUUGUCAUUUAAAACCAAAUCCUAAUUUGCAGCAUCGUUUUUUGCCGCAUUCCUGUUCCUAGUCCUUAUAUAAUAUAUAACGCCCUCUUUCCCCUCCAUGAAAAUAUGCAAAACAUUUCAUCCAUCUGCUUUUCUGUUUUAAAAACAGAAAUCAUGGAUUUUUUCCUUUUUUUUUUUUCUUUUUAGAUGUCCACCCCAAGCGGCUGACUGGCUUUAAAAAAAAAAAAAAAGAAACUAGACAGACAGUGCUUUUGAGAGGGUUUUCUAGUUUAGGCUCAACCUUCUUUUAAAGCUCUAGUUCUAUAGAGCUGUUAAAAGGCAAAAAGUUAGUUGUAUUUGGCGUUCAGUGCCUGAAAUCCAGUUUUGUUUUUCCUUGUGGGACAGAUAGUCGUUUUAGAAAAUCCUGCGUGCUUGCAUGCUGCCUACGAACAUUAGAAGACCGCCGCGAGCGUGUGCACGCAGACUUUUUAUUUUUCCGGCAUGAAUCAACCCAUCCUCGACAAAAAUCAGCGAUGGAUCAUCUCUACUGGGGCAAAAAAAAAAAAAAAAAAAGGAAUCUUAAUUGUGUCUUUAAAUC